AUAAAAUUCCUAUGCACCUCGCCUACUAUACUUAUCAUUAGUAGUCAGAUUUUAUACUCCUAAAGAGAUAUACGUAUACGCGCCAAAAAUCAUAUUUUAGUUAAAUAAUUUAAUAUAUAAAAUUCUGUGUAACUUAUAAAUAAAACUAAGAUAAUCUUUGUGUAAUUAGUAAAAGUGGAUUGUACCCUGAAAUAUUUCAAUUACUUCGAUUAAACUCAAUAGAAAUGUGGUUACUAAAAUGUCGACAUCUAUUCGCACUAUAUUUCCUGAUUUCGGUGUUCCUCACUGUCAGAGGAUUGAAAGAAAAUAAAACAUCAACAGUUGGCAAAACAACAGAUUAUGAAUAUCAUGCCACAAAUAUUUUAGAUGAUGCGACGAAACGAAUGCAGAAAAUAUGGACUGUAAGACACGAUAUCUUUGUGAACUUGGCAAAGGGGCGUGGUUACAAUCUGAUCAAUCAAGCGCCCAUUAAACAUGAAAUAGAUAAUGCUUACCGUAAUUUAGUAUAUGAACUUGCAGCAAAUCUAAGUGUUAUUCCCGUUACCCAACUCAAGAAUCAUACCCUCCAACGCCAAGUGCAACGUUUAUCAAAACUGCAACUCUUUGGUUUGCGCAAGACCGAUUAUGAAGAAGCUAAAGACAUGCUGCGCAUUAUGAAUGGUUUUCUAACCGCGCAUAUGGUAUGCCAUGUACAACAUGUCAAAGACUGCUCAAAGCCCGUUGCUAUGGUGCCGACAAUUUUGCACCACCUCGCACGCACAAAACGAUUAGUUGAAUUGGACUAUUAUUGGAGGAUGUGGCGAAAAGCGGUCAAUGAGCAAGACUUGGCUAAAUCUACAUUCAUUAAUUAUGUUCGUCUAUUUCGCAUUGCGGCUAGUUAUAAUGGUCAUGUGACGCCAUCCCGCACAUGGUAUCUCUACUACGACACAGAAAAUUUUCAACGUGAGUUGGAAGAUGUGGUUUGGGAAAUUAUGCCAUUGUAUCAAGAAAUGCAUGCUUAUUUAAGACAUGCAAUACGCACCGCCUAUGGUCAGAGCGUAACCCCGGAUGAUGGCUGCUUGCCUUCUUCUGUCUUGGAGCAAAUCAUACAACAAGCUUGGUUACCUCGCACCGUUUUUCAUGUACCAUAUCCGAAAAAUCAAUUACCGCCGGUACAGCCCCGUCUUGAGGAAGUACUGGUUACUCCUGUUAAAAUAAAUAAAAAAGCUGCGGAAUUCUUUGAAUCGCUAGGUCUAAAUCAUAUGUCUGACGCCUUCUACGAAAAAUAUUCUCGUCGUAUCAGCGCAGAAGAAGCAGGCUCAGACUGCAAGUCCGAAGUUUAUUAUUUUCCACCAGAUGUCGCACUACGCUACUGUCCCAACCUGGACUAUAAAAAAUUGAUGCAAAUGCAUGGUCACAUGUCGGAACUGCAAUACAAUAUCUACAAAAAGAACCUACCAUUCGGUUUGGAUAGAGAGCCAUGUCCAGGAUUUGGCAGUGCCAUUGGUGAAGCAUCUGUCAUUGCAUCGGGCACUCCACGUCACUUACACCGCCUUCAUAUACUAUACAAUGAGAGCCUAAGCGAGGAGGAAUCGUUGAAUCGUGUAUUCCGUAUGGGCGUUCAUACCAUACUUGCAAUUCCGCAAUACUUUAUCAACGACAAAUUUCUUGUUGACGUCAUGGAUGGACGCAUCGGUUCGCAUGAGUACAAUUGUGCAUAUUGGCGGUUACAGUACAAAUAUGCUGGGGUAGCGCCACCAGAACAACGUAGCGAAAAGAAUUUCGACCCCGAUUACAAAUUCUACAAGGGCCUCAAUCCAGAAAAAUCAAAUACAAUGAAAUUCCUUUCGGAAGUUCUUGGUCAUCAAUUCAAUCGUGCCUUCUGCCUAGCAAGCGGUCAAUACCGACCCGGUGAUGCCGAGUAUCCACUGCAUAACUGCGACUUUUAUGGCAGCCUUAAUGCAGGCAAUAUGAUAAAACGCAUGAUGGAGUUGGGUGCUACGAAACAUUGGCGUGAUAUUAUGGAAAUCGCCACCGGUGAACGAAAAUUGAGCGGAAAGGGAGUGAUGGAAUAUUUUGCACCUUUGUUUACUUUUUUAAAGGAGGAAAACAAACGCUUGAAUGUCGACGCCGGAUGGGAUGCAGAUAUAAAUUGCAGCAAUGAUUGAAAAUCCCUAAUACUCACUUUAAGAACAGAACUUAAAAUAGUACUAGUUUUAUAAAGAAUAGAUUUUUAA